AUGAGUGGUCCUUCUUUUCCAAAAAAUGCAAAUCCUUCAUAUUCCAACAACAUCACUUCCAAUACACUACCAACCAAGCAGAUGCAGACUAAUUCAAUAAAGCCGCACUCUUCCAAGUUCUACUUCCAAGAUGAAGAGGAAGACGAGGACCAAUUCGAUGGCAAUUCCCUUUUGCGACCUUCUUCGUUCUCAUCACAGGUGAAUUAUCAUAGCAAUCACCUCCACCCAUCAGCUUCUAAUAAUAAUCAUCAACAAUCCCUUUUCCAAUGCACUAAUGAAAUAUUAAAUUUCCCAACAGAAUCAACAAAUGCCUAUUCGUAUGCUCAUCUUUCCCCAAACUCUUUGGCUUUAAGGUUGAAUGUUCUCAAAAGAUCUUUAGAAAUUUUGAUUGAACGUCCCGAAUUAAUAUUGUCCCUCCAAAGUGUUUCUCCUGAUGCUUUAUCAGAAUCCCCUCCGCAGACCCCAAUUAACAACACUAAUGCUUUGUUCAACCCUAAAAUUAGAUCGCCAUCCUCAAACAAGGGAUUACUCAACAUUUCUCAACAAGAAGACCACCUUACAGACUGCAAAAAUCCUGAUUAUAAUGAAUAUCGAUCUCUCGGAGCUGCGAUGGAUCCGCUCAGCGAUAAUGGUAGCCAUUCUUUGCAAAAACAGAAAAAUCAAAUCAAAAUCGAAACCAAUGCUUCUAGUGCGGCAUUGGCGGCAUUCUUUCGAGAAAAUAACCCACCACUUCGCAGAACUUCAACAGGCAAGUCCUUUGCUUCAUCUGAUAAUAGUUUACUAUCGCCCUCACUGGGUUCUUUAGACAACGCAAAUAACCCUUCAAAAUUCACCAAAAGGUCUAGCUCUUUGAAUACCCCUUUCCUUUUAAACAAUGUUCGAAUUAAGCCAAAAGAUGUGGAAAUGUAUUCGAAGUCAACCAGACCAUUACCCGAAAGAUCACUAUCUACAGCAUCAAUGAUUACUAGAAACCCAAAUACGUCCAAUCAAGAUGUACCAAUUUAUGAGAACAUCCGUGAUAAAUUGAAAUCGAUGAUCAAAAUGUUGAGUUCCGACGGUUCAGGCUCAUCACAAGAAGGCGCAUUGGCUUUAAAUCUUCAUAAUUUAUCCCUUAGUAACAUGAAUGACGAGUCAAAAGAGCAAAUGCUUCAGCGCAAACUUUUAUAUGCCUUGGCCACUCCAUUUUAUGAAUCUAUUUCUACUAAUAACACCGUGAACCUCAAUCGGAACAUUUCUUCAGCCGCCCUGUGCCAGCACAAUAAUAAUCAUAAUCAUUAUUCGACGAUAGAGCCAAAGUACUUGACUGCAUCUGAUAAAAGAAGAAUAUCUAGCUUCAGUAGUUCUUCAAAUAAACUAGCAUUAAGACUUGAACCACCAGUCAGAAUCCCAUUGAAAAAGUUCAGUUCUUUUGAUGAUUCAGCAGUGAAAUCAUCUCCUCCAGUAUCUUCGCCACAAACCCCGGAUGAUUAUUCAGUUUCUUUCAGCAAUUUGCGUCCAACAAUCAAUUUUUCUACUACCAGACCCUUCCAUUCUUUGUCUACUUCCAAAAAUCUGAGCCCUCAAGCAAUCAUUACUUGUGAUACAAGCUCCCCUUGGAAGUUACGGGCAGUCAAUGAUUUAUCAACAUUGAUUUUUGGAAUCAAAAAUAAAGGAUCUGAAGUAAAACGGCUAGGCUUGAUGGACUUGAUUGCAGAUAAUUCCAAAGAUUUUGUUUUGCAAAAGUUGAUGAAGCGCUUGGCCGGAGAUAAAGACAAUCAAUCGCCAAUAAAUAGGUCGAACCAUUACAACAAAGAUAUUAUUUUUGCGGGGGAAAUCGUUGCGGUAAAAUCUCAGGUAUCUUUGGAAGAAUCUGAUGCUGAACAGAAAGAGAUCCAAUGGUGUUCUUUGUGGGCUAAGAAGAAGAAUGAAAUGAUCAUUUUAAUGUUUGAUAAAAUUCCAUGCUCUGCAAUAGAUUUAAGUAUUGUUGAUGAUGGAGAAUCUUGGAAAGUUACUAAAAUUAAUGAAGUGACUGGGAAAUUGAUGACUGGAUUAGGCUAUUGUGAUAAACAAGCUCGAUCAUUGAACGAAAUUUCUAAAUCACUUGACAAGAAACUACAAAAUCUUGAUUCCGCUAGCAUGAGUGAGAAAAUGGCAAGAAUUAAUGACAACAGAUAUUUCACUCUCAAUCUUCAACACAAUAAUUUACCUUGUGCAGUACUUUCUUCUCCAGUAAGUGACAAGGAAAUGGUGUUGAAGAUCCAUACUUUGCCUUAUAUUGCAGGGAUUUUUAUCAUUUCUGCCUCUAACUAUAAUAUUUUGUCUUACAAUCGAUCCAUAUCCAAGAAUUUAUUUGGCCAUGGGGACUUAAUAGGUCAACCCAUCAACACUAUCAUUCCGAAUUUCACUAAAUUGAUUGAGUAUUCCUCCUCUACGAAAAAGAUGGUGAAUUUCUUAAAUGAUUUGGUUAACAAAUCCACCCCAGAAAGAGUCAGAGAAAACCCCAAAAAAUAUCUAUUACCAGGAUUAGUGUUGCCUGAACACUUUUUUAGAAGAAUUCAAGCUAAGUUUGAGGCUCAUAGAAUUGUGGAGAGAAGAAGAGCUAAAGACGUAGGUAUUUCCAAUCUACGCACUCCAAUCAAAUUGAAGAUAGAUUCUGCUGAUGAUGACAAGCUCCACACCGAAGGUGAUGAUGGAAACUUUCAUGAUAUGUCAGAAGAAGAAAUUGAAGACGAGUUGUUUCUAAAUUCGAAGGGUAUCUAUGGUAGACACUCUGAUGGAUCAAAGUUGGUAGUUGAUGUUCAACUUCGUGUUUCAUCAAUUGAUACGUUGGUCUUGUGGGUUACUUAUUCUAAUGAACUUUAUGGAGCUGCGGUAGCCACGGCCAAUGCCAAGGAUGACCGUGCUUCCAUGCUCAGCGAAAAAGAUAUCUGCAGCCCAACGAGAAGUGUCAGCGCCAAGAAGAAAGUUAAGUUCACCAAUGAGGAUAAAAAUGAAGCAGAUAAAAAACUUUCUAUGGGCUUUGCUGAUCCCGAUUCGGAUUUAUUUUCUAAGGCCAGUUCUUCUUCGUUAGUAUCAUUGAAAUAUAAUAUUAAUGAUAGCGAAACUUUACUAAAUACUAAUGGAAAUGCCAGAAGCACAAGAAGUAACUCUUUAUUGAGUGAUUUAUCCGAUGGUCUAAGCACAUAUCUGAUGAAGGAUGAAGUAAGGAAUGCAUUAGACUCGGGGCAUGAACCAGUGACACCUAAAAGGAGGGAAGACCCAAUGGAAGAUGAUGACUAUGAUGAAUUUGACAGUACUACUGAGGUUUCGACUCCGCCGACUACAGCGCCAAUCAAUGAUAUUAAGUCCAUCAAUGAUAACAUAUUGGGCGAUGAAGCCUCUAAAUAUCCAAUGAGCAGCACUGGCACAAUGACCAGUGUUGAUGGUCAUAGUGCCAUUGAAGAAGAUCGUGAUGAUGGUUCCCAUAUUAUUGUUAAAUCAGAAGAAGAAUUGAUAGCUGAGGAAAAUUUAAAGCACAAUGAAUGGAAGGCCAAAUGUUUGAAAUUUCCAAUGACAAUUGGUGCCAAGCGUCGGAAGAAAUCGAUUUCUGAAUUUCAUGUUAUUAAAGGCAUGGGCCAAGGAGCCUACGGUAAAGUAUUAUUAUGUUAUCGUGAGGACGAUCCAAACUAUGAAAUUAUUUUGAAAUGCAUUUAUAAGGAAAGAAUCCUCGUUGAUUCAUGGACCAGAGACCGGAAGUUGGGUACGGUCCCCGCAGAAAUUCAAAUAAUGGCGUUUUUGAAUUACAACCCCCAUCCAAAUACUUUGAAAUUGAUUGAUUUCUUUGAAGAUGAUGAGUGCUUUUAUGUUGAAUUGCCAAUUCAUGGUAGCCCACCAGCAAUGGAUUUGUUCGAUUAUAUCGAGAUUAAGAAAGCUUUAUCGGAAAUUGAAAUUCAAUAUAUUUUCCGCCAAAUUGUUCAGAGUAUUAAUCAUUUACAUGAAAAUGGCAUUGUUCACAGAGACAUUAAGGAUGAGAAUGUUAUUGUUGAUGAACAUUCUGUCGUGAAAUUGAUUGAUUACGGAUCUUCUGCUUUCUUGUACAAUGGACCAUUCGAUGUCUUUGUGGGUACGAUGGAAUAUGCCCCACCAGAAGUACUUCAUGGGUCUUCUUAUGAUGGUAGACCGCAGGAUGUGUGGUCAUUGGGUGUGUUAUUGUACACAAUGGUAUAUAAAGAGAAUCCAUUUUACAACGUUGACGAAAUCAUGGAGGGGGAAUUAAAGGUUCCUUACAUUUUGAGCGAAGGUUGCAUAUCCUUGAUCACCAGGAUUUUGAAUAGGGAUGUGGAGAAGCGGCCAACAGUAAAAGAAAUCCUUGAGGACUCUUGGUUGAAAUUUUGA